AUGUUGAAUCGAAGAAAGCUAUUUAAAGGGAGAUCUCGAGAGGGAAGUUAUGAUCAUGAUGAUACGAUGGGACCUUUACGGUCUCGUCAAGGAAGUGUAAUGAGUGAGGAAACACAGUACCAUACAGCUAAUGAUGAUGAAUUCGAUCCUACUCAUGAUUAUUCUUACAGUAGUAGUCGGUUUAACCGUCACAAUCAUCACCAGGAGCAUGCGGAUGAUGGUGAUGAACAAGACGCUGAGGACGACGAGAACGAAGAACGAGCAUACGAGAGUUUUAUUGAAAGACAGAGGAGUAAAAUUAUUAAACAAACUGAGAAGAAACGAUGGAGAGAUUCCAGAAGGUUUAUUUUUACCCUCGGCGCCUUAAUUGGUCUUAUUAUACCAUUUUAUUUUGGUGCGUCACAUGUUCAUAAUAAUAAUAAAGACUUAUUUGAUAACCUCGUGAAUAUAGAAUCAUUUAAAGAUUAUUUUGAUGAAUGGGUAGAUGCAGUUCCACAAGGGCUGACUUCGUUUAUUACUGAUGUACAGAAUGGAUUCUUAUCGCCAUCUUCCUUGGAAGAUCUAAGUCAGAACUUUGCCGUGGGGAAAAAAUUGAUUUCAGAUAUGGAUAUCAAAUUGAAACAUCCAGUGGUAAUGGUACCAGGUGUCAUAUCCACAGGUGUUGAAAGUUGGGGUGUCACAGGAGACGAACAAUGUGACAGUAGUCCCCAUUUUAGGAAAAGGUUAUGGGGGUCAUUCUAUAUGUUAAGAACUAUGGUGCUAGAUAAAAUCUGUUGGUUAAAACAUUUGAUGUUAGAUCCUGAAACUGGUUUAGACCCAGAACAUUUCACAUUAAGGGCUGCCCAAGGUUUUGAGUCAACAGAUUAUUUCAUGGCAGGUUAUUGGAUUUGGAAUAAAGUUAUACAAAAUCUAGGUACGCUUGGGUAUGACCCUAAUACGAUGAUUACCGCCUCCUAUGACUGGAGAUUGGCUUAUUUGGAUCUUGAGCGUCGUGAUAGGUAUUUUACUAAGUUAAAGAGACAAAUUGAGUUAUUUUAUGAUUCUACGAAUGAAAAAGCUGUUCUUGUUGGACAUUCAAUGGGGUCACAAAUUGUAUUUUACUUCCUAAAAUGGGUAGAAGCUGAAGGACCUCAUUAUGGUAAUGGUGGUCCAGGUUGGGUAGAUAAACAUAUUGCAUCUUUUGUCAACGUUGCGGGGACCUUGUUAGGGGUGCCGAAAGCUGUGCCUGCUUUGAUUAGUGGAGAAAUGAAAGAUACGAUUCAACUAAAUGCUCUUGCUAUGUAUGGGUUAGAGAAAUUCUUUAGUAGGAAAGAACGUGUUCAAUUAUUACAAACUUGGGGUGGUAUCCCAUCAAUGUUGCCUAAAGGUGGCGCUUUAAUAUGGGGGAACAAGACAUAUUCAAUGGAAGACUCUCAACAUAAUAAUACUGAUACGUAUGGUAAUUUCAUAAGAUUUGAAGAUAGACAAAAGAGAAGGAAUAUUGAUAAUAAUGUUACUGAAAAAAGCCAUUCUCCCUUACACCAAAAUAUGACCAUGCUUGAUGCCAUUGAUUUCGUCAUGAAAGUAUCACCUAAAUGGUUACAAGAAAGAAUCAAAGAUCAAUAUACUUAUGAUUAUGCUAAGACUGAGGAAGAAAUGAAAGGCAACGAAAAGCAUCAUUCUCAUUGGAGUAAUCCAUUAGAAGUCCCCUUACCUAAUGCAGCAGACUUGAAAAUAUACUGUAUUUAUGGUGUUCAUAAUCCAACAGAAAGAGCCUAUGUUUAUAAAGAAGAAAAGGGUAAUAAGAGUUCAUUACCUUAUACAAUCGACUAUGAGAGUGAGCAACCUGUCUUUUUCACAGAAGGUGAUGGUACAGUUCCUUUAACAACGCAUGCAAUGUGCCAUAAAUGGGCACAGGGGAAAUCAGCAUAUAAUCCAGGUGGUUCUGAAGUUGUUAUAGUUGAAUUAAAACACCAACCUGAUAGGUUCGACAUUAGAGGCGGUGCUCGUAGUGCUGAGCAUGUUGAUAUAUUGGGUAGUGCCGAAUUAAAUGAAUAUAUUUUGAAAAUUGCUGGCGGUAAAGGUGAUAGCAUUGUUCCUCGAUUAGUUUCUAAUAUAACGGAAUGGUUGAAAGAAAUUGAGUUUCCUAUGUGA